AUGGUGGAACAUGAAAGCAUUGCAAGACAUUAUCGAACUAGAAAUGAGCUACUACAGCUUUUGCAUGAGGACAAAAACCGAACAAGUUUAAUUAGAUUGGCAGUUUUACAAAUUGUGACUAACAACCAUUUCAAGUAUGGAACAGACAUUAAUACACCUAGACGAACUCGUAGUGGAAAACUGCGACCCGAUACUGUUACUGAAAAAGACAAUAAAGGGAAAACAGUGAAUACUAAAUCGGACAGUGAACAGGCUCGUGAAUAUGAAGUCACCUUAAACAAAUUGAAAUUAGAACAUACAACUACAUCAAAACUACAAGAAGCAAAGAUUCAAUCGCUUAAAGAGGAAAAUGCAAAGUUGAAGAUGCAAUUAAAAAACAACAGUUCAAAGAACAACGCUAGCAUUAACACCUCAUUUAGCAGCAUUUUCACCUCAUCCAAAACCCGCUCUUCAAUAUUUACAACAAGAAAUGUUAAGUCAAGUUCAAGUUCCGUGUCUAAAAUUGGAGUUAGAUCAAAGUCAAAUACUGAAAACUCACCAGUAUCUUUUACAUUGAACAAACCUAUUUUUGAACCUGCUUCAACUCCUGUUAAAAAAUCUAAAUUGACUUUCCCAAAAUCCUUAAAAUCUAUAAAUCAGCUUUCACCUUCGCAGACCUACACAGAAGCGACAACCACUUCAACAAGUGGUGUACCAAGCAGCAGUGCUGUUCCGUCGUCACCAACAAGACCCAGCAGUUUAACAGCAAGUACACCAUCCAAGUACAUAUCUGCCUUUGAUAAGUCAGAUAAUUCAUCAUCUCCGGAAUUUUCACCUAACAGAAGUCAAAACAACACAAAAAACCUGGAAAAUGAUGCAGAUAAUUCCGAGAGCGUCGAGACUGGUGGUUUUGUUAGUGCAAACACUAGUGUUGGGAGCUCUGACAACGAGAGCUCUGGUGAUCCGAAGAAAAAAGUCAAAACCACAAGAAAAUUGCAAUUAGCAAAGUCUGCCAAAAUGGAGAGAGCCCGAAAUGUUAGUAACGAUAAAAAAAAUAAUGGUAAACUUGCCCAUGGUUUGGAUGAUGAUGAAUUAAAUCCGUUGAAAUAUUACGAGGACUCUAAUUUCAAAGACAUUGGCUUAAGCCCGCCUACAAAAAGAAAGCACAAUGAACUUGACAAUACAAAAAAACUAAAAGUUAGAAAAAAGAAGAACAUAUUUAGUAUCGAUUAA